GUGGGUCGGUGGGAAGCGUGGGCGCAGCGGGCGCGCGCUUUUGGACGGCCAGCAAAUUGCCCCAUUUGCCCGCGCCCUCCUAGCGCCCGCCCGAAGCGCGCCGCCUCGCCAAGGUGUCGUCCUUGGAGGCGCCUCGACGCGCAGGCGUGGGCGGCGCGCGCCUCGAGCUCGAGCGGCGCAGCCUCGACCUCGAGCGCGAGUUGCGCGCCGACCGUGACUCCGACGCCUCGCUCGACGACCGCGACCACCUCGUCUGAUCGUGCGAACGCCUCCGACGCUGCCCCGCGGCAGACUGACUUCAACUCCGCCCUCAGCUGGAAGCGACCCUGCUGUGACGUCACCACCGCAACCACCGAACUUCGUAAGGCCAGUUGGGUCUGUGCUCACAGUGACGUUGCGAGCGGAGUCGCGACCUCCCGCGUCAGUGGCUCCCGCGCGUCUACCCUCAGUGCCGCCUCCAGCUGGAACGGCGCUCAUGCUAGUGACGUCACUAACGGAGUGAAGACCGCCUGUGAUGGCGGCUCCCGUGCUUCUGAUACCAGUUGGAACAUUCCCGAAGUUCACAGCGCUUCGGACUCCGUUUGCGGUCGUCGUACGACUGCGUGCGUACAAACUGUGUCUGCGUCGCACCGUGCGAACGUUUCCGCGAGUGACGUCAAAAGCUUGAGCGUGCCCGGUAUGCGCCCACCACUGCCCGUUAACGCCCACCACCACAGAAAUGACUUUUUUAAUCAUCCUCAUAAAGCGAAUUUGACCAAUAUUGUGCCUAAUAUGCCCGCUCAUUCUUUAAGUGCUCAAAACCAUGUACCUCAUAACGGGGGUAGGAUCAACUUUAAUUCACACGCUUGUAACAAUGUGCCUAAUUGGAGUCGCAGUGUAGACAUAUUAAAAGCUCUACACCACGCUGUUCCACAUAAUUCAUCUAGUCAUGUCGACGAUAGAUCCGCUUAUGCUGAAGUAAGACAACCUUCGAGUGCAAGAAGACCAAUAUUUGAUAUUUACGCUGUACCUGGUGAAGCGAAGGAACCCUGUCACCAAAACAGAGAUGUUGUGAACCAGAACUCUAAUCCAAUAUACUAUCGAAGCAAACCUAAAGAAGCCAACUCGAGUUGUACUUGCGUACCUAUUUCGAUACCUCGUGUAUCCAGCUGGAGUUUUACGAAGAAGAGUGUCGCAUCGACACCGAUUGCUACCAAUCAAGCUAUGAACAAUAUGAUCAAGAUCCAAUCAGCUGAUAACAUUAGACGGCUGCAGUUCAUUAACGCAAGCAUUCCAUCCACUUCUGGCCAGUUGGAUUUCGAUAGAACAAUCUACCCUCCGAAUAAUAAUGAGAACAGCGCCAUCUAUCGCCACCAAACCAUGCCACAAGAAGUCGUCUGUCAUCAACCGCGAGAAAAUAAGAAUGUUCCACAAAUCCCAAUACCCCUGCCGAUGCCGAGCAAUAAAACUCAUGUUCAUCCUAAUUCAGCCAAAAACAGCGUUGUUCAUUGGACAAAUUCCGUGGAAAACCGAGUAUGCUGUCCGGAAACCGUUUUGUACGGCGCUGUCUAUGGUCUCAAGUGCUUAAAAUAAAUAGUAAUAUUGGUCAAAGGAAGGGUUACAAGAUUUUGUGGUUGUGGGGCUAAUUUUUUUUUUUGGUGGGUACGAAAGUGCGUGAAGUGAACGUAAGUGUCUGCGGCGAAUGUUGAGUGGGACAAUAAUACCAUAUCGUUGCUUUACACCGCCUCUUUAGUCUUUCAGUGUCGAUGAAUAUCGCUUAGUACAGAUUAUACCCUACACUGCCUAGCGCCUGUAUCUAAGAAGCGAUUUAGAUAUUAUAGUCUUUAUAUCGUACGCUUUAAGAUCGAGUGUUGCAUUUAAACUUUUUGUAAUAAAAAACAUAGUGUAUAUGUAGGUAAUUAUACUUGGGUUAUGUAAACGAGCAUUAAGCUUUCACAUCGAACGAUUGUUAUGUGUAUUUUGCCAUUAUAUAAAGAAUUAUAGUUGCACCGAUUCUCUACUUUCGACACAGUUAAUGAUCAAAUUGUGUCUUAUGGACAGAAUCGACAAACCUGGCGUGCAUGUAACAUAUUUGUAGGAUUCAUUUGAUUAUAAAUCGGCCCCUUUCACUUGUUAUUAACAUCACAAUAACAAAAGUACGUGUAUGAUUUUUUUAAAGCAACUCUGUCGAUGAGCAAUACAUAUGAGUGGACAACAAAUCCGUUACAUGCGCAUCAAAACUAUGUGUUAUUCCUUAUGUUCUAUGAAUAAAGGCUCAUGUUCCUACGAGUUUAUUAAAUUUUUAUACAGCAGUGUAAGGCAACGAUGGGGUUUUUCAUAGAAAAAUUUCGCUUGGCGGCAAGCGUCCAAAUGAAUCUAGUGCAUAGAGGCAAAAUUGAUCUCAAUAAAUAAAUAAAGACUACAAAAAUCGUAUAUAAUAUACGGACAUCUAGUGGAAUUGUGCGAGUAACGUGUUUUACUGUUUUCUAUGUAUUAUACAUGUAACGUAAGGACGUUUAUGAGUCGAUUGUGUCGAUGUUAGUGCCUGCUAAGUCCGGUUUAGUAUUAGAAACCUCGACCACUGUUUAAGGGAACUCUUUGAUCAUUUUACCGAGAAACGACUAGCAAUUUCGAGAGGUGAAUUUUUUUUUUGCCGCUCCCGUAUACGUACGCUGGGCGCGUACGUGCAAAGUGAAAAUUCGUAGAAUCUUGUAAACGUUCAAACGCAAGAUUUUAACUGAAUUUUCUCGAAUUGUUACGCAUAAUUAAUUCUUAAGUUUCGGUUGUGCCGGAACCGUGGUCACAUCAGUGAUUUUAUUAAUCUAGUAUAGUAGUUAAUUUGUUUGGAAAAAUUCUCUCUCGAAACCCGUAGUUAUUAAGCUUUAUUAUGUGUGUGACUAAAAUGUUUUUCUACGAAAACAAUUGACAUUUCUUUUUCGUUUUAAUUAUAUUUUAUAAUUCGACAUAAGCGUAUUCGUUGGAUAAGUUGACGUCCUAAAAGUGAUAAAGUGAUGUUGCGUUCUUAAAUGGAUAACAAUUUAUGCGGAAUUUAAUUAAAGGAUUUAAAGGGCCUUUUUUUAGCUAAUUAAGUUAAGCUGUGCGAUUUAUUUCGGUGGAUAAUAGUUUACAUAGUGUAUGUGAUGGGUUGAUAUGAUUUUAUUUAUGUAUACUGACGAUCGCACAUUUAAUACAACUAUUUGUAUGGUCGACGAUACCUAUAGCCAUUUUAUUAUAAAAAUGGAAUUAAAUAGUUACAUAGCGAUACAGCGCAUAUAUAAACGAACUGCAUCGCAAAUAUAUAUUUGAAUUUUUCUUCAAACUCCUUUACGAUACUUGCUUGAUACUUGACAUUUUAAGAAUACUUCCAGUCCUACAAAUAAAUUUAGGUAACUAUGUUUAUCUAAAAAAAUAUUAAAUCCAAAACUAUUUGUUUUAAGUGAUACCUAUGUAUCGGGUUUUUUUCAGUUAAAGUAUUAAAUACUAUACAAUUAAAUGAAUCAUUUAAGAAUGUCUUAUUACUUAAGAUUAACGGAUCUUAACUUUUUAUUAGACCUGUUUUUGACAUUUCUUUUUUUUAAUAAAUAUACAAAAGCAAAUACCUUCCAUUUAAGAACGUCUUAACAAUUCAUUGACUUUUGGCUGUAGAUGAGAGAAUACUAUAAAUCGAUAUGAUUUAUUAAUAAUUAUUUACAAAUUAUAAAUGCAAGUAAUAAGUAUCUUAAAUGUAGUUUUUUUUUGCAUGAAAAAUGCAAGUCGAUUUUCUGUAUGAGAAAAAAGUUUAAGCUGUCAUUAUUACAAGAAUUGUAUCAAUAUACAAUAGCCGAUUUUUUUUGUAUGAAAGGAUCUAGGACGGCAAUUUUCGCCGAUCAUCCUGUGAUGCAGUUGGUUUAUAUGUGCGCGAACUUUUAUAGUACAUAUUAUUCAGUAGACCGUUUUAUUUUAAAACAGAGGUAGUUACUUUUUUUUUACUAUAGUUCUCAAACAUAUCAGUCCAUACAACAUGCGCUCGCAACCACUGCUUUAUGUAUGUCAGUAGCGUGCAAUUUAAUUUAGCAGAGUUAUAUCGACCUUCUAUGGUAAAAAUUCGUACGUCCUUUUUACAUUGAGGGCUCACUACAAUCGACGUUUCACCCAUAGAAUCCGAUUUACAUGAUGAAACUUCUUUCAUACAUUUUUGUAAGUAAUUUAAACGCGCGAGAAAGUUUUUUCUCUAAUCUAUAUUUUUAACAUUUUACAUGGUACAUAAUAAUGCUAAAGGCUUAUAUUGUUCUACAACACACGUAUGAUUUAAAAAUGGGGCUUUAAGCUGUCCCAAGAUAUUUUUCAUACAAUUAUUCUUUUUUUUAAACUAAGCGUCCUGUUUGUGUUAUUUUGAAACAAAUGUUGAAAAACUCCGUUCCCUAAAGGACUACAUAGAAUCCGGCUUAAAUAAUAAACAAAGUGUAAUAGAUUAAAUUACCCAAUAAUCACCCCGGUUCUGUUAUUACAUAUUUCUUAUUAAAAAUGUUAAAAUAUAUCAUAAUAAUAUGCUUGUGAUACCCUCAAUGUUAAAAAAGACUUGUAGUUUCUUCAAUUCAAUAUGUGAGGCGUCAUUUAAGAAAUAUUAUAGAUACCUAUGUAAUAUGUGCCUAAGCUAUGUGUGCCUAUGCAACAAUUAAUUAUUACAUAUUUAUCCCUACACUAUUUAUGGGGUAGCUUAUACUGUAAUAAGGGGUAAUUCAAAGGGUGGAUAAGGAAAUGUCUAGAAGCUGACGACUCCUGGGCUUUACUGGUUUGCAGAUGGUCAAGGAAUGCGGUAAUCACACCACCAGGUGACCCGCCUGCCGUCCGUUGUGUAUAUAAAUAACUUUCUUUGAAUUUUUUAUUAUUACCAAAAAAAAACGAAUCAUCUACCUAUAUCUUAAUAGUAUCAUAUUACUAGCAUAUUGAAGUAAGGGGUCUCGAAAGUCGGUAGAUUUAUUUAAAUCUAUCUCAAAAAUAGUUCGAAAAAAAUCCUAAUUCUAAUUCUGUACAUCGGAGCCGAUUUAGAUUUAGAAAUAGGUAGAACCGAGACCUCAAAAGCAUUGAAUACCGUAUAAAGGUAAAUAAUUUUCAUAUAUGACACCUUCCGAAUUGAAAAACAAGAAUUUUACCAUUUAAGUGACAAAGUUGUUAACACUAAAACAGUGCAAUAAGUUUGACACGUUUUCAACAAUGAAACAUUUUUUUGUCUUCCUGAAUAUAUUUGUAACGACGUUUUAUUACAAAGGCCUAUAUUGUCUCUGUAUUAAUAAUCGACUAAUGCAUUUUUAUUUUUGAAAUAUCUAGCUAGUGUUUUAGUUUAUUUCGCUAUAUGUAUGUAUACUCAUAGGAAAAUUAAUGAUGAUUUCAAUGAAAUGUACAUUUUGAAUUAUUGACAUCCGACUGGUCGCCUAAAAACUAGCGAGUGUAAUGUUAACUGGCGCAAAUAUAGAAAAUGAAACAUUAAAUUAAUAAAAGAGGUGCAAAUAAAUGCUUUUUGUUUAGAUAAAUUGUGAUAGAUAUGUAGAUUUCAUGUUGUGUAAAUGUUUAAGGAUAUAAAUUUUCUCGAUUUGUGCAGUACCAUGAGAAUAACUAAGUAUAGGACGGAAUUUCCUUUCUGCCUGCCCUAAACGCCGCUACAUAAAUACUUACUUUUUCCUGAGAUAGGACUGCUAGUUACGAAGGGCUGAAAACUGACAGAGGGCGCUGUGUGUUUGUAACUCUGUGUGCUAGUCUGAGGUUAUGGGUAUAGUAUAUACCAAAAAAAACUUAUUGAUAUGUGUGAAUUAAUCGAUUGCAUUUGAUUUUUUUUGUUUCAUAAAUAAGUUACAAAACCUUUUUUUGUGAGGUACAUAUUAAUCCACUAUGUUAUAUAUCAAAAGAAAGUAACGAAAAGUACAAAUUGUAAGGGAAUUGAAAGUUUGUUUGUAAGAAAUAUUUGGCGCCCUCUAGGCGGAAUUAAUUGACAGUAGUCUUUCCCGUUAUAACAUAUUUUUUUUGGUUGUAAUAAAAUCAAAAACGAUUGUUGCAGUGAAUGUUUUGCUAAAUAAAGGCGAUUACGAAGAGGUGUGGCACGAGAGUUUUGUUCCUAUACUCGUAUUAUAAGUUAUUCUUAUGGCAAUACAUUAAAUUCGUUAAUUUUGAAAGUGCUGUUUAGUUUAAAAUUAUUCGAAAAUAGAAGUACACAAAACAAAGUUGAUUAAAAUAUUUUACAUCAAAUAAUUUUGUGUCCCGUUGAUUUUUCAUACUUUGUUGACAGUAUACUCAAAGUAGCAUUUUUUUUAUUUGGCUUAUAAUUUUAUUAAGUUGACUGCCUUUCGUUUAUUAUGCUCAAUAGUUUUAUAUUUAGUCUGGACACAUCAGUGGUGACAUUAGUUUAUUUUUUUUAAUCCGUAUAGCGGUUUAAGGUAUUUAGUCAAUUAUUGUAUAGCUUCCUUUUUUCGUGAGGGCGUACGGCUGAGAGUCAACACACAGCCUUAAGAGUCUUUUCACAUCGACCGUGUCUGUAUAAAUAGCGACGAACAAUAAUAACACUUUUUAUAUUGCCCAUCGCAUGUGAAACUUGUAUCCCUAAUUAUACAGAGGCGAUCUAGGAAAGUAAAUUUAUAAUAAAGAAAAAUUGUGAUAGCUUAUGAUUUCUAUUUAAAAUAAUUCAUUGUCAUUGACAUUCGCUGUGAGGUUACGUACAAUGUGUUUGUGUACGAGUUUGAAUUGCGUGCGUUAUGCGUGCGAGUUGCGUGCGUAAUGCGUGCGGAUUGCGUGCGUUUUGCGUGCGCACGUGUGAGUGGUUCAAACGCGCACAAAGGAUAUACCUAUGUUAACGAAUGGAAGUGCAGGAUUUUGUAUACUAAUUACAAUAAUACAUGUAAAAACCACAUCACCUUUAUGAUAUACAGGGUGUUACUUAUAAAAUGAGCCGUUCGUGUAUGUUUUCAAGUUAACAAACGUAAUGCAUGAAUUACGUAUAUACGUCAACUAGUAGAAGAUGUCAACGCAUAACGCAAUGUAAAUGCAAUACUAAAUGUCAAAAUAUGACAGUUGUACCAUAGCUCCAAUGUCACGUUAGUUUACUAGAAAACGCAUUUCGAGCUCGCAGCCCCGAUUCUAAAUGACAUUGAAAUCGUAACUAUCCGCGUUAUAAAUUAAAUGACGUCAAUUUUAACACAUUUUGUACCACAGAUGUAAAGUUUCACGUCACAAAUUAUGUUAACGCCUAGUUAAGAUCUGAAUAUCAUAGCGGAUAAGGCUCUCUGCCUUGAGUGUAUGCUUUUUAAGUAAAGAAAACUCGUAAGCGGAAUUGGCGUUAUUCAAAUUGUCCGAUAGGUGGCGGUAAGUUUUCAUACAUACCUAUUGAGGUUUAACGCCAACUCAAAUGAACUAGUUUUUUUUCAGGAGAUAUACACUCAAGGCUAUACCCCCAGCACCAAACAUCUGAUCCUAUUAUUGCAAUCUUGGUUAUCAUUAACUUUAUUGCCUAAAUUAAUGAUACUGUUGCUAAAAAUAUACUUCUGUACCUUAAAGGUAAACUGGCGCGCACGUACCGGGCGAACGUCUUUCCCCAGUUUCUUCGUCUCCUUAUUCUUCUGUAAAUCAGACCUGUCAAAGUGUGACAUUUAACUUUAAUAAGUAUUAUUGAAAAACGGUUCCAAGUUUAACAGUGAUCGUUUUGAGUUUCUAUUUAAAGCAGGAUAAAUGUGAAAAUGGGAGCCAAGUUCAAUAUAUUAGAAUAUACGUAGUUGUUGACUUCGCCGACAAAUGGAUUGACAUUGAAAUGCGUGCCAAGUUCUGUAAUGAUAAUCUCUCUGUAAUCAUAAAAUCAAUAUUAAACCUAAUUUCUUGCACAAAGAAGGAGGUAAAUUAGGAUAAAUUAUAGCUUAAGGUUUUUUUUUUAUGUUUUAUGUUCUUACUUAAGGUGCAUAAAAAGUAAAAACUUAUUAUAAAUUCUAUCGAUAACAAUGAUUUGCGACGGAUGCAAUGAUAGCAUUUAUGUUUGGUGCUAGGGUACUGAUCUAAAACCUCACAGUUUCAUAAGCUAUCGGCUUGGCAAUGAUCAGUAUUAAAUCAUUUUAAAUCAUUGAGUCUCCAAUUCAACUGCCAAGUACAUUUUAUUGUAAGUAUAAUUUGCUAUAUCCCAAUGUUAUGUAUAGCGGACCCUAGUAACUAUUAUAGCUUUCGUUGAAUGCUGCAUUUCUCUAUACCUAGUUAUUUUUUUUUUGUGAAAGAUUGUGUUCUCAUUUUGUAUGUAAAAGCUGGUGUUUCACGUCUUGAAACACGUAGCGACAAUGUGAAUACUAUACAAUUUAAAUAAAUGAAUUAUAUAAAUA